AUGACUAGCCUUCAUCCUCGUCCUCUACCACAACUUUCCAUCCAUCAAAAUGCUGAAAUAUAAACUCUCAACAAACCCAACCAUCUCUCCCUCUCAAGUGCGCUCCCGAUCCCAUUCGAGCGGAAGGUUGUCGAUUAAUCACCGCAACAAUGCGAUCUCGUUUGGAACGCAGAAGCGAAGAUCUGUCCGAGGAAGAUCGCGAUCUUUUUCUCACUCUGAAUCGGUGGAAAUAGCUCGCGUCGGAGCUCGGAAAGACGGAUCCCGGGCGGAGGACGAGGAUGAGAGGCCCUCGAUGCCGGCGAAGGAGCGAUUCGCGGUGCCCUCGCUUUCGCUGGCGCCGACGCGGGGUGCGGGAGGCGGCCUCGCCGCCCUUCUCACGUUCUUCGCGUUCAAGGGUGGUCUCCUGAUCCUCGACGCGUUUCGUCUUCUUUUUCUUCUCCCCUUCCGCCUGACGGAGCACGUUCCGGCAGAUGGGGAGCGGAGGAGGGAGCCCUCGGGGAUUGAUCUCUCCGGGAAGAAAAGCACGGCGCUGACUCGAACGUUUCUCCUGCUUGGUGCGGGAUGUCGCUUCUUAGUAGUCGUAACCCUGGUCGCGGUACGAGGCACCGUGAUGCUCCUCAAAGGACUGCAAGGCGCGGUUCAGGCGAAGGCAGAGGAAGUGAUUGUGCAACCAAGGAAAAAGGACUUGGAGAUGGUGACAGCGAGGAAGGCCCUAGCUAUCAAGAUGGCAGAGGAGGCGGCCGCAGAGGUUGAGAUGGCGAGUAGCGUGAGGGAGUUUGCGGUGAUUCAGACAGCAAGAGGGGAUGAGUUGUUCACACAAUGUUGGACGCCUCUCUUCCCUCAAUCCCGGGGGCUAGUUGUUAUUUUACAUGGUUUGAAUGAGCAUAGUGGAAGAUAUAACCAUUUCGCAAAGCGUCUAAAUGACAGUGCAUUCAAAGUUUAUGGUGUGGAUUGGAUUGGUCAUGGUGGAAGUGAUGGUUUGCAUGGGUAUGUCCAUUCCCUUGAUCACGCCGUUGAUGAUCUAAAAAUUUUUCUGGAGAAGGUAAUUAGCCAGAAUCAGGGACUUCCAUGCUUUGUCUUCGGUCAUUCCACGGGUGCAGCCAUAGCUCUCAAGGCUUCAUUGGACCCGAAGAUAAAGGUUCUUAUACAAGGUCUCAUAUUAACAUCUCCGGCUAUUCAUGUUCGACCAUCUCAUCCACUGAUCCCAGUUAUUGCACCAAUUUUAUCCCUCUUACUUCCUGAAUACCAAUUCAGAGCAGCAUACAAGAGUGACUCACCCGUCUCGCGUGAUCCUGUGUCUUUAAGGGACAAAUACACCGAUCCACUUGUCUUUACUGGGCCUAUCAGAGUCAGAACGGGUUACGAGAUAUUGAGGAUAUCGUCAUUCUUGUAUAAGAACCUGCGGAGAGUUUCAGUGCCCUUCCUGGCCCUUAUUGGAUCAGCAGAUACUCUAACCAUCCCAGAAGCCACAGAAAGGCUCUACGAAGAAGCGUCGUCCUCCGAUAAAACACUCAAAAUAUACAAGGACUUAUCACAUGAUCUUCUUUUUGAACCCGAAAGAGAUGACGUUAUUCAAGAUAUUAUUGACUGGUUGAGCUUGAGAAUUAACACAGAAGACUGAAUGAUCCUAUAACUACUGGCUUAAUCCUAAGGAAGCAAUAUUGCCCUCCUUUUCUACGCUUCAAAUGCUAAUAGUCCACAUUUUACUUCCAACACCGCAUUGACUUGCGGUUACCUUAGAGUAGUUCAACGAGCUAUUCCUUUUGAAAGUUAUUUGAUUUUUUUUUCAGCAAAUCAUAAAUAACUUGUAUUAUGUUACUUCAAGUGUUUUAUUUUUAUUGAUAUGGACUUUAUAGUUAAUUAAUAUUUAAUGUCAGCAUUAAGUUAUGAUAUU